GUAGCAGACGACACCCGUCACCGCAAUGCAGUAGUGCCUGAGUCCAUGGCUGCAAAAUUCAUUAGUUGAAUACACGGUUUCGUCAGCGUAUUUCGAGGAGACUCAUAAUGCUUGAAGUAACAAACUUACAAAAUGGUGAGGUCCUUCCCCAUCGGCUGUGCCUCUUACGUGUAGUGGGAACCCAACCAGAGGCUACCUGUGCUGCCAUCCACAACCAGAGUGACAACAGAAGAAAUGGAGCCUUAUGGAAAAUACAUCAAGGAGGGUUUAAUGCCUUGGUUCCACUUGUUAAGGGGAAAAAUGAUUUAAGAAUUAUAUGUGGAACUGAAGAAACUACAAUUCAGGUGGUGUACAAGCCAUUGGAUAUCCCACGGUUUAUUCGUCUAGUUUAUAUCACAUGUGCAAAUGAAGAUAAGUUCCAGGGGCCCAAGGAUAUGGAACGCUCCCCAAAUACUGCAGUUCGGAAGAUUCAGACCGGAGCCCUGGUGUUACAGACAUUUGUAGCAGAGACUCUAGCGGCUGAAGGAUUGGGUCGACGUACAUUUCGCUAUGAAGUAGACACAGAAGGUAACCCAAUAGUUCAUGUUAUACAGUUACCUUUAACAAUAAGGGAAGCACACAAAUUUACUGAAGAACGCUUAUGGGAAACUUCAGCUCUGCAUAUUCUCUCGUCUCAUCUGGCAGACAAGAAUUGCAAAUAUGUGGCAUUCUUUGGCGGCACCAGAUUCAUGAACCCUGACAAAACCAUUCUUAAGCAUGAGACAGAAAUCAUGGCUCUCACAAAAGGUCAGGUGUCACUUGGAGGAGGAGGGUUGGCUCUGGUUGGUACGGGAGCGCUGUAUUCCUGGGCGACAGAAGUAGAUGACGUCAUGGAGGCUAUGCGCGAUCCGAAACCUGUUGACACGACGUCGCUUAUGGAUUUUAGCGGUGGAAGAGGCACUUGGGGAGCAAGUUAUGGUACACAUCUAGGUUCUGUUUUGCAUGAGCUGGCCCACACCCUUGACUUGGGCCACACCCCACAUGGCAUCAUGGCCAGAGGCUUUGAGGAUCUGCAUGUAUUCUUCACGACCACCAAGCUCACCUCGGAUUACCUACCCCAGUCUCCCCAUCACAGCUCUGUCAUGAGACAGUCUAUGUCAAGUUCAUUAAUUAAGGAGUCAGUUACCUUCACAACUGAUUUUGUGCGAAGAAUCCCACUAGACAACAUCAACAUGACGGUGGAGCCACCCAAGGAACCUUUAGCAUCAAGUGGCGUUUACAGUCCUCCAAUUCUCACCAGAAGAUACCCGACAAAGUUUAACAAUUCUAACUCUGAUUCUAAUUCACCCUUGACCUUAGAAGAUUCGUUGUCAUCCUCACAAACCCAGAAGAAUGCCUGCAGCCGCACUUUGCUCAAUGCACCUUCACCAAAUAUAACGAGCAGCAUCCUCAACAACAACAAACUCCAGGAGAAUGAUGGUAGCAAGUGUCGAGCAUUUUGGGCAAGGUCAAGUGCUGUUUUGCUGGCAUUCCAUAAAUGGCUUAAUGUAGUGACAGAUGGAGAAGCUCCUGAAUUGAAAGGCGUAACUGGCCAUGCCAUAAAGGUUGGCUGUUGUUCAGCUAUGUCAGUAGUGUGCAGCACCGCUGGGAUCCGUAUUGUGGAGCUACGAGAUCUUCACACCAUGGCUUUCCACCACUGGGAGUUUGUCACUCGGCCACCACCACCAGUCCUCCACCUCCCCUGGGCCCAAGUGCCUCAUUGGCCAUCAGACACACACAUUGAAGUAGUGGCAGAGGAUAGUCAGGGCAACCUGCUCAAGGGCUGCUUCAUGCCGCGGCCACUCUAAGAUACGUAGCCGAUGGUCAGGUAUAUACUGUAGCCUCUUACGAGUAGCUAGUAUGUGUGGAUAAGAGCCUGCUUAUUAUUUUCUCAAUUUAAUGAAUUACUGAAAACAGUAAAAUUCAUUAUAAUACUUUAUCUACACAAGCCUUCUGAAGUGCAGACGUAUAGACAUUAUGAGCGCUAUACAGUAUACAGUAUCAUAUUAAUAGAUUUACAUUGAGCUGCAAAUACCAUAAAUGCAGUUGCUAUAGAAUUUUUUAUUAUGCAUCUGUUAUUAAUGAACAAUUCCAUAUUCCAUAAGUCUUAGUAAAACCUUAAUGAUGGAAAUAAGUAUUGCAGCUUCUAAGGGAAGUGCCAUGACAUAUGUGCUCUCUAUUUUGGCUCGUGCUUUAAUUACUGUAUCUCGUAAUCAAAAUUUCCUCAUGAGCAAUAUCUCCAGUUACUCCUAGAUGCUCUCAACUUUCUCAGCUCACAAAUUAAGGCUUCGAUUUAUUUAUGUGAAGGAAAAGCAAAACCAAAUAUUGAUGAUGCAGCCACUUCUUUUGCAACUCCCGGCUUGUUAUUUUCUGGCCAAUUUUUUACAGGUCAUUUGAGCAGAUAGGAGUGUGGCAGCAAAGGAAAUGCAAGUGGACAUUGGCAAUUUUACUCUUGGCUCUUUUUUUGACCGUGUAGUCUUUUGAGGAACACUGAGGUUGAAGCAUUUUGUCAUGAGUAAAAUUGCCAACAUCCACUUGUGUUUCCUGUGCUACAGCAUUCCCAUUACCUGCUGUGUUAUAAACCUUAUUUAUAAACAUAUACAUUACAUGUAUUCUUGAAUGUACACUGUGAAUGACGAACACAGUCUAACAUUAUCAAUGAAGUUUUGGAGAUAAGUUUGCUCUGACUUAGUCUUGAACAUCAUCAAAUUUUGUUCAAAAACAUUUUUAAGUUGCAAAAAAGUUUGAAAUUGUAAAGAGAUAAACAGCUGUACUGCUUUUAAAUUCCAGUAUUUGUACACUACACUAUACAUACUGUACGUGUACUAUCGUGCACAAAAGACGUGUCCACUACCCAGCCCCAGUGAGGGUUCGAAUA